UUCAUUCAUACAAACGUCAGAAAGGGCUGGGGCGACUCGGGUGAAUUUACUACACUGAACAAAAUCAUCCGUUUUUGACGGGAAAGUGUAAUAAUUAAACUUAAUAAUGUAAUAAACAGUAUUGUUAGUGAAGGCGUGUUCGCGCCAAAUUACGAUAAGGGCGUUGAAACUUACGUAGUGCUUAUAGUAACCUCGUUUGUGUUAGAGGAUUUGUUUUCACAUAAAAACUCUUCAGGAACAUGUUGAAGUUCAAAAAAAUGGGUUCGGAUAAAGUGCCAUUGCUGCUUGUGACUGCCAACGUCGGAUCUAUUUUCGAAGAUCCCUCAGUGAUGCUUCCGAUAUGGACCUCAGAGUUCCUGCAAGCGGUCUCUCGCAUGGACCCGAAGUUCAUAGCGCUGCACUUGCAAGAAGUGGGGGGGAAGGCCUAUGAGAAAUCCAUGCAGUACGUGCAGGACUUCGUGCAGAGGCUCUGUGACUGUCCCGAGUUACGGCUCUUCGAUAAAAUCAGGAUAUACCUGGAUGAAGACUUCAGUUCUCCUGAAAAGUUUACUGCUCUAGGCAACAUGUACUUCGCACAUUCCUCGCUCACGGACCUGAAGAUCUGGGACUUCGAGCAGAAGGCCUACGUGGAGGCCACGGGCAAGGAGGUCCACGCUGGGAACAUUGAGAAGGUCACCACUAAGGAAAAGGCCAAAUUCCCACAGCAUUUCUUCCCUGAGUGCAAGUGGUCGCGCAAAGGCUUCCUGCGCACGCGCUGGUGGGUGCGCGGCACUGCCAUCGAGUUCGUCAACAUACAUCUGUUCCACGACGCGUCCAAUUUGCUCGCCAUCGAACCCUUCCCUUCUGUGUACUGCCGGUCCCGGCGGCGCGCCCUGCGACACACGCUGCGCCACCUGCACGCGGACGCGCAGGCCGCGCCCUACUUCAUCUUCGGGGACUUCAACUUCCGCACCGACACCGGCGGCGUCGUCAAGAAAGUAACAGAAGAACUAUCAGGCUCUCGACUACAAAACGGUGGCAAUGUAGACUCGUCUAAGCUUCAGUACAGAUCUCCGACCGACGGCCGCGUAGUACUCACUAUAGGGAAGAAGGAAUUCUCUCAUGUAGACCAUCAGAAGAUCUUCAGGGAACCCUGGCUGCAACGCUUCGACCGUGAGUUAGAAGCCCUCCGGCCUCACUUGUACGAGUUCCCCGUGAAGUUCCCCCCCUCCUACCCGUUCGAAGAGGACGUACAUCUACCCACACAUUAUAUGAAAACCAGAUGCCCGGCGUGGUGUGACCGAGUGCUCCUGUCCCAGUCGGCGCGACUACUGGUCCAACACGACACUGCCAGGCCGGCGGACAACAGGCAUAUGCAUGCUUCCAGGAAGUCAGUGACGGACUCGACGGACAGUAGCGGGCGCGUGUCGUCGUCCGACAGUAGCCCGGCGCGGUCCGCCUCGCCCGCCACGCACACGCAGGGCAGUCCCGGCAAGACGUUGGAGAAAAAGAGUAGCCUGGCCGAGCUGGACGGCCUGUCGGUCCCCGCGCCCUCGCUCAGCAGGAAGAGCAUCGCAGACCCCACCAGUGUACAACAAGCUAUCUCCGCCAGAAUGGAAGAGAGUUCAGGUCGCCGUCGCUUGGUCCGCAACCAGUCGGAGGGGGAGCCGGCCCCCCGCGGCCGUGACCCCGCCCCCCGCCGCCGCCCCGUCUACGGCGUCAUCGGGGACUCCACCUGCAUGGGGGACCAUAAGCCGAUCUACCUCCGCGUAAUGUUGCAGAGUGACCGAGGUAGGGUCUCAUGUUGUGCCCCCCCGCUCUGCUCGCUGUGUACUAGCGCGGCCCUGCUCCCCUCUUCCCUGUCCCUGCUGUGUCCACGCCCACCCCUAGCCCCACUCCCCCCACUCGCCCCACUCCCACUACCGCGCCUGCCGACAGACCCAGAUCUAUACGCGAAUAAUAAACUUAAAAUCCCCACUAUAUUUACUAGUCACCCAGCUAGUUUAACUGAUGAGAAAUUAAAGAGAACAAGAACUGGCUCCCUUAAUGAGACUAUGCUUAGAAUACCACACGUAGAAAUCACUAGUGCAGACUCCAGCCUCGAUGGAGUCUACGUAAAUGAUAUCGAUAAUACAUUACUCAGUGUCCGUCGAUGUAUCGAUCCCUACACGCCAGAAAGUAUCGAUUCCCACAGCCCUAACGUCGAAGCUUCCUCCGGUUCCGACGAAGUAUCGAUAGAAGUGACAGAAAAGUCGACUAAUAACAAUAAUAAAUCGACUAAAAUGAGUAGGGAUCGUAGUGUAUCGCCUACUCAGUUAAAGAAUCGAUUAGAUAAGUUGUUGAGUGAUAAAGAGGAGGUUAAAUCGAUACCUGAGUUGCAAAGAUUGCAUAGUCGAGAGUCUUGUAAAUCGGAGGCUAGUAAAAAAGGGGGGUUGUGUUGUUUAGCCCUGAAAUGCUAUGGGUUCUGUAGGCGGCGCGCGCGUAGAGUCAAAUGUGACUGUAGCCUCGCCAAGUGUUGCUCCUGACCUAGUAGAUAGUGAUGUGACUUUGUUGUUUAAUCGAUUCACUUUUUAUCGAUUGUUUAUCAUCGAUUUUUUUAUUGAAUAUUAAGAGUAGAACUUUGAAGAGAACAUUAUUUAAAUCGAUGAUAAAUAUUCGAUUGACAAUGCAUUGUUGUUUGCAUUUUUUUGUUUUUGAUGUAAUUAUCGUUUGCACUGUUAUUUUGACAUUUUUGUAGUAAUUUUAAUUAGACAACCUUUAGAAAGGUUUUCCACCAAAUAUGGUAACAUUUUUACCAUGAGGGCGCAUGGUAACAUUUUAAUACCGCAUGCAUUUUUUAUAUAACAUAUCAAUGUCCAACUAGAUCUUAAAACUAUUAAUUUUAAAUACUAUUCCAAUUAAUAAUACUAUGUUCAAUUAAUAAAAUAAUAAUAAUCUUAAGUUAGGUAACGUAUGUGCUUAUAACUAGUCGAAAUUUCGCUUUUAAUUAUCGAUAUGUUUUUAUCGAUAAACCCCCAUAAGUCACUAGUCUAAUCUCGAGUACAGACACUCGCACGUAAAGCUACCCAAAUCUCAUUUUUUAUGUGUGUGUAGGUAAAUAACUAUUCUAAAAGGCUAAGUUUCUUGAGAUUUUCAUGAAAUUUUCAGUAUAAAUUCACAGUUGUAAUUGCACGGAAAUAGUUA